GCUUAAAACUUCAAUAUCGAUUUGAGCCACUCGCAUCCUUUAGCCACCUGCAGGCAUGACGUACAGCUUCGCCCGUGGGCUGUGUGUCCGCCCGAUGCACGCGUGGGAGGGUACUCCAGCACCUGCAGCUCCGGAUCCUGAGGAGUACCCGGAAGAGAUCAAGGAUAUCCUCCGCGAGAUUCAGGCGUAUAUCUUCACACGCCGCAUCCGCACCAAGGACUUCUUCUUGGACUACGAUCCGCUUAGAUGUGGUCGUUGCACCCCGAACCAGUUCGUGCGAGGGUUGAACAGUGUGGCGCCUCAACUGAAACCUGCGCAGAUGAAGACCUUGACUGAGUUCUUCUCGGACCCCAACAUGGAUGUCAUGAUGCCACAGGUGAGGCACCUCGAGUUCAUUCGGGCAGUGGACGGAGUCUUCGGAGCCUUCCACCUUGAGAAGCAGCCGUCGGCGAAAGUGCCCAGGCCCGGGCACUGCCUCAAGCUCGGGGAUGACAUCAACCCCUGCGAUGACGAGGCAAUGGUGGAGCAGACUCUGCGGCGCUUGGCGCUGUUGGUAAAGACGCGCGGCGUCAUUUUCGCAAAAUGCUUUCAGGAUGCAGAGCGAUCUUUGGAUACUUCGCUUCUAUGUCCUAGAUUUGCUGGCAAGGUGACAGAGUCGCAAUUCUACAGCCACUUUCCAUUCGUGCAGGACAUCUCGGAGAAUGAGCUGAACCUGAUUCUUCAGCGGUACUACAGCAGCGACUCUGGUGGUAUCAACUACAUGGCGAUGGACAGAGAACUCACUGCGCUUAUGGAAGAGACAGAGAGUUUGGCGAGUGCUCGAAGUACAUCCUCCAGGCGUCCCAGAUACACUGCGAAAUCACCCAUGGGUGGCUUGCGGCUGCAGGGGCCGCAGGACCAGGAGCAACUGGAAGCGGAGCUGCUUGCCAAGCUCAAGGCGGAGGUGGCGGCCCGGCGCCUGCGGCUCCACGGCUGCUUCCAGGAGGUGGACCGGCUCCGGCGCGGGGCCGUGACCAUGGGCCAGGCGCGGACGGUAUUCACUAUCCUCCGCAUCGAGCUGGAUUCCAAGGAGCUGGACAUGCUGCAGCGUAUGUUCGCUGUCACCGGCCUGUUCAACUACAGGGAGCUUUGCAACAUGAUUCUGGAGGUUCCGCUUGAUGCUCCAAUGGAUGCAGUGCCGCUUUCUCCGAUCUCUAUCGAGCAGGGACCACCUUAUCUCAAGAGGCAUGAGCGUGUGCGCCAGCGACAUGUGCUGCAGCCCGAUGCAGAGGAGUUGCUCGCAGAAGCAGAGAUGUGGAUCGCUCGAAGAGCCGAGCAGUGGACCAUCAACGUGAAGUCCCACUUUUUGGAUUUCGAUCGGCUUCGCAGCUCCCGCGUGACUCGGAGCCAGUUCCUCCGGAUCAUGGACAUGCUGCAGAUGGGCCUGAACGAGGGCCACCUGCAGGUGUUGAUGGAGGCCUAUUGUGACUCCAGCAAGGACUCGAGGGACUUCAGUUACUUGGACCUCUGCAAUUCUUUGGAGAAACGCACGCAGGAGAUGCACAACUCUGCCAGAAAAUGGCGCAGGUCUACUCCGGAGCCCUCGAAGUACUUCACCCGUAAAGGCAAGGUGAUCCCACUGCGGCAACCGCCUCUAUCAGCCAGGUGUGCCAGACCAGCAACACGAUGAGACGUGCAACACCUUUUUCUACCAGCGAAAUAGCGGUAGAUGGCAGCAUCGCUUCAAGAGCUUGAGCCAAAGUGUUGCAGCGUGUAU